GUUGAUUGGUUGCAUGAUGAUACAGAAUUACACAGUUUCGAGAAGUAUGAAUUCACGUCGCGCGUUUUGAGGAAGGAACAUGACAAUGCUGCAGCCACUGAAACAUGUAACCAAAGGCAGAUCCCUCUUCUCUUCUUUCCUCAUUCACAGUAUCCACCCUUCUUCCUUUUCUUCUUCAUCAUCUUUUUCUUCUAACUGCCACACCGUCUUAAGAAAAAUAAACCAAAAUGACGUCGCAUCCUUCAUCAAGGACUGGUUCAGCACGCGCGACCCACUCAUCACCCGAAUCUUUCAGAUUCUCUCUUCGACGGACUCCUCCAAUAACGACGCCGCCCUCGAUGCCUCUCUCUCCACCCUAACACUCCCCCGUCUCGAUGAGUCCUUCGUCCUCACCGUACUCCACCAUGGCACCGCCGCCGCACACGUCUACCCCUGUCUCCGCUUCUUCCAUUGGGCCGGCCGCCAGCCCGACUUCCACCACACUCGCGGCACCUUCUCCGCCAUCUUCCGAAUCCUCGCUCGCGCCCCAUCAGGGAAAGACCUCGACGAAUUUCUUCAAUCCUUCCGCCGGCGUGACUCCGCCUUCUACCCCCGUGUGCGGUUCCACGAUACUCUCGUCAUUGGAUAUGCUAUUGCGGGUAAGCCUGAGAUUGCACUCCAAGUGUUUGGUAAAAUGCGGUUUCAUGGUUUGGACUUGGAUUCUUUUGGUUACCAUGUGCUUUUGAAUGCCCUUGUUGAUAAGGAUUAUUUCAAUGCUUUUGAUGCCAUUGUUAGGCAGAUUAGGAUGAGAGGUUUUGAGAAUCGGUAUACCAAUGCUUCUGUUAUGAAGAGGUUGUGCUAUCUGGGGAGGUUGGAUGAGGCCGAAGGGUUCUUGUUUGGCUUGGUGGAUGGUGGCAAGGAGCUUCAUGGCUCCGAGGUGAGUGCUCUUGUCAGUGCUUUGUGCGGGAGCAAUAGGUUUGAUCAUGCUGUUAGGUUAGUUAGGGAGCUUGGGGAUUUGGGGCUGGUGCCGCUGGAUCAUGCUUAUGGAGUUUGGAUAAAGUGCCUUGUGCAGGGUGGCCGGUUGGAUGAGGCCUUGGAGUUUUUCAGACAGAAGAAGAGAGAUGAAGGGUACAUUCCUAGUUUGGCGAGGUACAACAUGUUGAUUUACAGGCUCUUGAGGGAGAACAGGCCCGACGAGGCGUGGGAUUUGUUGAUGGACAUGUAUGAGACUGCUAUUCCACCGAACUCGGUUACCAUGAAUGCUGUGCUGUGCUUCUUUUGCAAGGCGGGGAUGGUGGAUGUCGCUCUUGAUCUGUUCAAGUCGAGGUCAGAGUUUAUGCUGUCCCCAAAUCAUAUGGCUUAUAAGUACUUGAUACUUACUUUGUGUUGGGACGGAAACGCCAAGGAAGCAUUCACUGUGUUGAAGAGCUCGAUCAAUCACCAUUAUUUUCCAGAUAGAAAGACCUUUACUAGGCUUGCCAAUGUUCUGUGUAGAGAGUGCAUGAUUGAUGAGAUGAAAGAGUUGCUCCAUCUUGCCUUGGAACGGAAAAUUAUGCCUAAUGCUUCCACAUAUGACAACUUUAUAAUGGCACUGUGCCGGGCAGGAAGAGUGGAAGAUAGUUAUUUGAUACAUGGGGAACUUAAAGGUGCGUCUGCUAGCAGGGCCUAUGCAAAUAUGAUCAAGGGUUUUAAAGAGUUGAAUAGGGGAGAUAUUGCUGCUCGUCUUCUCGUUGAAAUGAAGGAGAAGGGUCAUAAAGUGACACCGGCUCUAUGUAGAGUUGUUCUUUGUUGUUUACUUCAGAUGGACAAUUCAAGGUCUCGGUUUUUCAGUUUGUUUGAGAUGCUGUCCCAUAAUGAUCGUCAACAUUAUAUUUAUGAUUGUUUCAUUGAUGCGGCUGGGCAUGCCAAGCAGGCUGAGUUGGCUUGGAAUGUGUAUGAGUUAAUGCUGAGGAAUGGCAUUCAGCCCACUUCAUCUUCUCAAAUUCUUAUGUUGAAAGCUUAUUUCAAAAGUGGAAGGACUUCUGAUGCACUUAACUUCUUUAAACAUGUUUGGUCCCGUGGAUUGGCUACUAAAAAGUUAUAUAAUUGCUUGGUUGUUUCUCUCUGCAAAAGCAAGAAUCCUGAACCUGCGUAUCUGCUCUUAAAACAAAUGUUAAGUGACGGUUUUCAUCCAAGCAUUGAAUGCUAUGAGAAUCUUGUACUGGCGCUUUGUUUAUCGAAAAGAUAUCAUAAGGCAGUGUAUCUUGUUAAUGUGUAUGAGAAAAUGGGACGUCGAUUAACCUCUUCUCUCGGUAACAUACUUCUUUCUCAAUCUCUAUCUUCACUGGAAGUUUACAAUGCCUGUGUUCGUUUAAGAGGAGUGAAAGAGGAGGGAGGAACUGAUUGGUCAAUGCUUAGCUUUGUGGUUGGUGCAUUUCAUGAUCAUCGUAGCGUUAGCCAUGUUGAGGACUUGGAGAAAUUGAUAGCAAAGUGCUUUCCACUUAACGUUUACACUUACAAUUUGUUGUUGACAAAAGCAUGCAAGAGUGAUGAUAUGGAGCAGGCUUGUAAGUUGUUUGAAAGGAUGCGUCGAAGGGGCUUUGAGCCCAACUGGCGGACUUAUACCACCAUGCUUGAUGGUUUCGAAAGGCAUGGGAUGAGAGACAAGGCUGAGAGGUGGUUUCAAGAAAGUAAAAGGAAUUAUCCAACAAAGGAACCAGAAUGAUCAUUUAAGGAACAAUUGAUCAGUAUGCGUUAGAUAUCCAAAAUGGUCCACCCAAUUUUAGUAAGGAUAUUGUUUAGAAUUGCAUAUUUAUCAAAAGAAAAAAGUUAUCUUGGAUGCAUUGGAUUUAGUUUUUUUUUUUGUCUGUAUCAUUUAUUAAUAUUACAUCCUG